AUGGGUGACUAAGAGCCUUUAAAAAGCAAGGAAGAUUAUUUUAUAAAUCGUCUUGCUUGCUCAUUCAACAUAAGAAAUUCAAUUUAAUAAGACAAAUUCAAGAAAUCUUUUGAAGCUGAAGAUAAUAAGUAAUAUAUGUGUUUUUAUUAAUUAGAAUGGUGUUUGAUAGACUAAUGAAGGAUGAAAGCAAUAUGAUGGCUGUAUUUGCCAUUCAAUCUGGAGCAGAGUCUGUUACAUUAUUUUCAGAUGUUCCUCAUCCAGAUAAGUUCAGAAAGAAGGGACUUAUUGCACUUAAAAUAUCAGAGAGCCCACUGUCAGUAUAGAAUAUCACUCAUAAUAUUGUGUUUUUGGAAUUAACAAGAAAUGUAACAAUCUUAAAUUAUUUUAGAUUUUGGAGCAUUUAUACUCAACUUUUUAUGAAAUAAUGAGUCCUAUUCUCUAGAAUCCAAGUAAUUAAUAAGGAUGGACAGACUUGGUAGCAAAAGACUUAAUGGAGAAAUUCAAUGCAUAUGUUGCCCAAGUUUAUGUAAUGAUAGGUUAGAUAGAAGGAAGAACUAAAUUGGUAAUAUUAUAUUGUUAAUUUUAAAGCCCAUUCCAUCACACAAGUUAACUUAAUCAGAUACAACUCCAGCUAAAGACAAAGCACAUGUAUAUGAAAGUUCAAUUAUAACAUGGACAAAAUAAAUAAAGAAUGUAUUGAAAUUGGAACCUGAAUAAGCCUUAAAAAACGGACACAAUCCAGGACCUUUAGUGGAAUUGAAGUUUUGGGAGAACAAAGCUGCCAAUCUUAAUAGCAUAAAGGAGUAAUUGGAAGGAACAGAAGUGAUUAAAAUCUUAAGAUUUUUGGAAGUGAACAAAUCAACAUACACAAAUCCUUUUUCUAAAUUAUAAAGGGAAGUAACAAAGGCAAGAGAAGAAGCCAAUGAUAAUAAUAAAUUUUUAGAUUUAUUAAAAGAUCCCUUCUAAAGACUACAAGAUACUGGUGGAGACUUUCAGGCUUUACAUGAAUUAUUCAUUCCAAUAAUGCAUAGAAUUCUCUUGAUUUGGAAAAAUUCUAAAUUUUAUAAUACUCCUCCAAGAUUAGUAGUUUUGAUCAGAGAGAUAUGCAAUGCAAUCAUUACAAAAGCAUAAGACUUUGUAAAUGGACCAAUGAUUUUCUAAAUGAUAAGUUCAGAAGAAACAUUUGAGGCAUGUGAAAAAUUGUAGAUUACUAUUGAUGUUUGUACAAAGUUUAAGGAUGCUUACUUUGAAUAUAAAGCCAAAGCUGAAGGUCAUUGGAAAUUGACUACUAAUGCAUUAUUUGUUAGAUUGGAUUCAUUUUUAGAAAGAUGCCAUGAUAUUUUACAUUUAACUAAUACUAUAGUUUAAUUUAAUAAAUUAGCCAAGAUUGAUCUUGGUGGUACAAAAGGAAAAACAUUAACUGAAUCAGUUUAAUAAAUUUUUGUUGAAUUUUAGAAAGCUGUUGAACAAUUCUAAUAAGUAAAAUAUGAUAUUAUGGAUAUUACAUAAAAAGAAUUUGAUGAUAGUUUUUAUGAAUUCAGAUCUAAGAUUAAAGAAUUAGAAAGAAGAUUAGCUUCAGUAAUCACAUAAGGCUUUGAUGAUUAUGAUACAUUACAUGGAAGAUUCAAAUUAUUAGAUAGUUUUGAAGGUUUGUUAUCCAGACCAAUUAUCUAAGAUGAAUUAGAGAAAAAACAUAUUGUAUUAUUAGAUAUGUACAAAUAAGACUUGAAAUAAGUCUAAUAAAUCUUUUUGGAAGGUUAUGAAUUAGUUGAUAAAUUACAUGAAAGAGCACCAAUUUAUAAUAAUAUGCCUCCUAUUGCAGGAGCAUUGAUGUGGUGCAAAGGAUUAAGAGAUAGAAUUACAGAACCUUUAGAUAAAUUGGCAUAAUUGGGAUAAGGUAUAACAGAAAGAGAAGAAUAUAAGGAUGUAUUGAAAUUAUAUUAAUCAAUAACAAAAUAAAUAAAAGAUUAUGAAUAAACAAAGAUUUUGAGUUGGGAAUAAGAAGUAGGAAAAGUAUCAGAAGAAAAAUAAAAGUAACCUUUAUUAUCAAAAGAUGAGAAUGGAUUGUUAAGAGUUAAUUUUGAUCCUGCUUUGGUUAGAUUAUUAAGAGAAGUGAAAUAUUUCACAUUGCUUGAAUAACCAGUUCCUGAAUCUGCCUCAGAAUUAUAUUCUAAAAAUGAUACUUUUAGAGAAUAUAUUGUUUAAUUGGAAAUGAUUGUUGAGAAUCAUAAUUUCAUUGUAACUUAAUUACAUCCAAUGGAAGAACCUUUGAUAAAGAAUAGAAUUGAAAAGAUGGAUGAAGUUCUGAAACCAGGUAUUGAACAUUACAAAUGGAAGAGUAAUGAUAUUAAUAAAUUCAUUGAAACAGCAAAGGCUACUGUUGAUGAAUUACAUUAAAUAGUUUAAAAGAUGAAGGAAACUUUAAAAAAGAUUGAGUAAGCAUUAGAGAAAUUCAAUACUAAGAUAAUAGAGAGAAAAAAUAAACCUAUGUCUCCAGAUGAUUAUGAUCAAUUCUUAAAGGCAGUUGUUUAGAAUAAAUUAUCUAUUGUUAAAGAUAAUGGUACUUCAAUUAACAAACUUGUUAAAGAAGUUCUUGAUUAAGUCAAAGUUGACAAAAAACAAUAGGCUUGGAUAAAUUAUCAAUAUUAUUUAAAUUCAAUUGUUAUUAAUGGUUUAGCAAGAGCCAUUAUAACUGCUUUGACACAUAUGAAUGAAUAAAUCAAUCCAUAAUAUAUAAAGAAACAUGAAAUUGCACCUUUAUUUGAUAUCAAAUUAGAAUUAUUUAGAAAUGUAGGAAUUCAAUAUGAACCUGAAAUUGAAGAAACUACACAAGGAUAAAGUGUACGUAAUACAAUUAGAGGAUGGGCUAAUGAUAUGUUUUAUAUUGCAGGUCAAUUUUAAAGAUUAGAUUCAGCUAAUCCUUUUGGUGAUUAUUUACCAGAAAUUAGAGAAUAUUUUGAAAUUAAAGAAGUAGUACAAGCAAUCAAUCUCAAUUUAGAUUAAAUUGAAGAAGAAACUAAAUCAUUUAAAUAAUCUUAUAUGACUUAUAGUUAUCUAUGGUUAGAAGAUCCUAAGUAGGCUUUCGAAGAUUUCAUGUUAAAGAAUGAACCAAAAGAUGCACCUGAAGAUGAGGAUCAAUCUUAAAAUCCUUUAUUAUAAGGUUGUAGAAUAAAGAUUCCAAAAUUAGAUUUGUUUGAUGAUAAAAUUACAACAUUGAAAAAUAUUCAAUAAGAAAUCAAUAGAAUAAUGACACCUUAUGAAAUAUCAUGGUUGAGAAUUAAUUUGUAACCAUUGAAAAGUGCCCUUGAAAAUAAAGUGAGUCAAUAAAUAAAGGUUUACACUGAAUUUUUAGUUGUAUAAUUCAAAACUACAUUGAAAAACCUUAAAGGAUUUAUUCAAAGAACAAAUGAAGGAAUCAAAGAGAAUCCAGCAAGUGAAGAGAAUACUGGAAAUAGAGAUUUAUUAAUGAAAGUUAUGAGAGUUAUAUCAGAUGUUAAGGAUGUGGAACAUAAAUGUGAAGGUAUUGUUGUAAGAAUGAAAGAAAUGGUUAAUAAAUUAAAGAAACAUGGAGUUUAAAUAAUGGAGAAAGGAGAAGAAGAUCCAGUUUAAAGUAUUGAUAAUGCAUUUACUUAAUUUAAUGAAACAACUUAGAAAGUGUUUAAGAUUAAAGCUGAAAUCUUACCAUUAUAAACUUAAGAAACCAUUAAUAUCAAGAAGAAAUUAGAUGAAUUCUAAAAGAAGGUAUCAGACUUUAGAAAUGAUACUUUAAAUAAUUUACCUUAUGGUUAUCAUGAUGAUAUGAAGAUGGAUUAAAUAUUAUAUUCAUAUGUUACAAUUGAUGAUUACUAUAAAAAGUUGUUGUAGAUGGAGAAAGAGGCUGCAGAUUAUAAUCAAUUGGAGAAAUUGUUUGAAUUGGAAAAGAGUGGUUAUAAAUAAUUAAGAGAAACUAAUGUUGAUUUGAAAUCAUUAAAAAUAAUGUGGGAUGCUAUUUCAAUGGUCAAUUACUAAUAUAAUGAUUGGAAAUCUAAACCAUUCAGAUAAAUUAAGGCUGAUGUCUUGUUAGAAUCUAAUAAAGUAUUGGGAAAUUAAUUGAAGAACUUACCAAAAGAAGUCAAGAAUUUCAAAGGAUAUAAUGCAAUUGUUGAUAAAGUCAAGAAUAUGUCUGUUGUUUUACCAUUAGUCUCUGCUUUACAUAGUGAAUUUAUGGAAGAUAGACAUUGGAGUUAAGUUAAAGAUAUGACUAAGAGUAAAUUUGAACAUAAAGCUAUGACAUUUUUAUUUGAUGAUAUUCUUGCUUUAUAAUUGUAUAAAUUUGAUGCAUAAAUCAAUGAAGUAGUGGAAGUAGCAUCAAAAGAAGCUAAAAUUGAAAAGAAAUUGAAGAUGAUUGAAACAGCUUGGUUGAAAUAAAUCUUUGAAUUUGAAGAUUAUAAAGAAACUAAGAUCUUUUUACCAUUAGAUAAUAUGAUGGAAAUGUUAGAUUAACAUUCUCUUGAUUUAAUGGGUAUGAAAGGAUAAGGUAAAUAUGUUGAAUUCUUUUACAAUACAGUAGAAGAUUGGAGAGAAAAAUUAGGAAGAGUUGAUUCUGUUGUUGGUGAAUGGUUGAAAGUUUAAAAGAAUUGGAAGACUUUAGUAAAUAUCUUUAUUGGAUCUGAAGAUAUUAGAAUGUAAUUACCAGAAGAUACUAAAGUAUUUGAAGCUGUUGAUAAAGAAUUUAGAGAACUUAUGACUGAAGUUGCAGCUAAUCCAUUGGUUAUUGAAGCAUGUAUUAAUGAAAGAAAGGAUUAAUUAGUUGCUAUGAGUUUAAAUAUUAAGAAAUGUGAAAAAGCUUUAAAUGAUUAUUUAGAAUAGAAAAAGAAAGCAUUCCCUAGAUUCUAUUUCUUGUCAAAUCAAUCCCUAUUAACUAUUUUAUCAAAUGGUUAAAAUCCACCUAAAGUUUGUGAAUUUUUAGGUGAUUGUUUCGAUGGAAUGAAAACACUUAGUUUUGAACCUUCCAAAAAUCCAAAUGAUGUUCCAAGAAGCACACAUAGUAUGAUUUCUAAGGAUGAUGAGAAAGUUCCAUUUUCAUCAAAUUUUGAAUGUGUAGGAGCAGUUGAACAUUGGUUAUCAGCAUUAGAAUAUAAGAUGAGAGAGACAUUAGAAGAAAUAUUGGAAAAGGCAAAGGAAACAUCAGAAAAUUGGGAAAGUGGUGACAAUCCUAGAGAAGAUUGGGUUAAAAAUUAUUGUGCUUAAAUUGCAUUGUUAACAACAUAAAUUGUAUGGACUGAAGAUGUUACUAGAGCAUUUGAAGAUUUGGCUGGUGGUGCUGAAACAGCCAUGAAAGAAUGUUUGAAAUUGAUUGAAGUUCGUAUUGAUAAUUUGAUUAAGAAGGUCAGAGGAAAUUUAGAAAUAUUAGAGCGUAUGAAAAUUAUUAAUAUUAUUACAAUCGAUGUACAUUCAAGAGAUGUUGUCGAAAAAUUCUGUCUUUAAAAAACCCAAGAAUUGGAAUCUUUUGCUUGGUUAUCACAAUUAAAAUUCUAUUGGGAUAAUAAAGAUAAUGACAUGCAUUUAAGAUAAGCACUUAGAUUCAAGUGGGAGAAAGAAAGAGAUAAAUCAAAAUGCAUUAUUAGAAUCGUUGAUUGGUUCAGAUUCUAUUCAUAUGAAUAUGUUGGUAAUGCAUUAAGAUUGGUCAUUACUCCCUUAACAGAUAGAUGUUAUAUUACAUUAACAUAAGCAUUGAAUCUUACAAUGGGUGGUGCACCUGCAGGACCAGCUGGUACUGGAAAGACUGAAACAACAAAAGAUUUGGGUAGAGCAGUAGGAUUACCAGUCAUGGUGUUUAAUUGUUCAGAUCAGAUGGGUAAAGACUCUAUGGCUUAAAUCUUUAUGGGUUUGUCUCAAUCAGGAGCUUGGGGAUGUUUCGAUGAAUUUAAUAGAAUAGCAAUAGAAGUGUUAUCAGUCAUUAGUACACAAGUUAAAACUAUUUUGGAUGCAUUAAAGGAAAAGAAACCUAAGUUAAUAUUUAUGGAAGAAGGAGAAAUAUCAAUAUAAGACACAGUAGGAUUCUUCAUUACUAUGAAUCCAGGAUAUGCAGGUAGAACUGAAUUACCUGAAAAUUUGAAAGCAUUGUUUAGAUCAUGUGCUAUGGUUGUNUGGUUAAAAUCCACCUAAAGUUUGUGAAUUUUUAGGUGAUUGUUUCGAUGGAAUGAAAACACUUAGUUUUGAACCUUCCAAAAAUCCAAAUGAUGUUCCAAGAAGCACACAUAGUAUGAUUUCUAAGGAUGAUGAGAAAGUUCCAUUUUCAUCAAAUUUUGAAUGUGUAGGAGCAGUUGAACAUUGGUUAUCAGCAUUAGAAUAUAAGAUGAGAGAGACAUUAGAAGAAAUAUUGGAAAAGGCAAAGGAAACAUCAGAAAAUUGGGAAAGUGGUGACAAUCCUAGAGAAGAUUGGGUUAAAAAUUAUUGUGCUUAAAUUGCAUUGUUAACAACAUAAAUUGUAUGGACUGAAGAUGUUACUAGAGCAUUUGAAGAUUUGGCUGGUGGUGCUGAAACAGCCAUGAAAGAAUGUUUGAAAUUGAUUGAAGUUCGUAUUGAUAAUUUGAUUAAGAAGGUCAGAGGAAAUUUAGAAAUAUUAGAGCGUAUGAAAAUUAUUAAUAUUAUUACAAUCGAUGUACAUUCAAGAGAUGUUGUCGAAAAAUUCUGUCUUUAAAAAACCCAAGAAUUGGAAUCUUUUGCUUGGUUAUCACAAUUAAAAUUCUAUUGGGAUAAUAAAGAUAAUGACAUGCAUUUAAGAUAAGCACUUAGAUUCAAGUGGGAGAAAGAAAGAGAUAAAUCAAAAUGCAUUAUUAGAAUCGUUGAUUGGUUCAGAUUCUAUUCAUAUGAAUAUGUUGGUAAUGCAUUAAGAUUGGUCAUUACUCCCUUAACAGAUAGAUGUUAUAUUACAUUAACAUAAGCAUUGAAUCUUACAAUGGGUGGUGCACCUGCAGGACCAGCUGGUACUGGAAAGACUGAAACAACAAAAGAUUUGGGUAGAGCAGUAGGAUUACCAGUCAUGGUGUUUAAUUGUUCAGAUCAGAUGGGUAAAGACUCUAUGGCUUAAAUCUUUAUGGGUUUGUCUCAAUCAGGAGCUUGGGGAUGUUUCGAUGAAUUUAAUAGAAUAGCAAUAGAAGUGUUAUCAGUCAUUAGUACACAAGUUAAAACUAUUUUGGAUGCAUUAAAGGAAAAGAAACCUAAGUUAAUAUUUAUGGAAGAAGGAGAAAUAUCAAUAUAAGACACAGUAGGAUUCUUCAUUACUAUGAAUCCAGGAUAUGCAGGUAGAACUGAAUUACCUGAAAAUUUGAAAGCAUUGUUUAGAUCAUGUGCUAUGGUUGUACCAGAUUUAGUAUUAAUUUGUGAAAAUAUGCUUAUGUCUGAAGGUUUCUAAUAAGCAAGAGCCUUAAGUAGAAAAUUCGUAUCUUUGUAUAUGUUGUCAAGAGAAUUAUUAUCAAAAGCUAGACAUUAUGAUUGGGGUUUGAGAGCAGUAAAAUCAGUGUUAAGAUAAGCUGGUAAAUUGAAGAGAGCAGAUCCAUAAAUAGCAGAGGAUCCAUUAUUGAUGAGAGCUCUAAGAGAUUUCAAUAUGCCAAAGAUUGUUACAGAUGAUAAACCAAUCUUUUUAGGUUUGAUAGGAGAUUUAUUCCCAAGAAUUGAAUGUGAAAGUAAAACAAAUCCUGAUUUAAAGAAAAUUGUAGUUGAUACAACUAAAUAAGAUAUGGGAUUAGUAGCUGAAGAAAUGUUUGUAUUAAAAGUAGUUUAAUUGGCUGAAAUAUUGGAAGUGAGACAUUGUGUAUUUGUGAUAGGUCCACCAGGUUGUGGUAAAACAAGUGUAUGGAAAACUUUGGCAAAGACUCAUUAAAAUAGAGGAGAAGAUUAUGAAUUAGAUACUCUAAAUCCUAAGGCAGUGACAUCAGAUGAAUUAUUUGGAUGUUAUACUAAGACAAAGGAAUGGAAGAAUGGUGUUUUAAGUAUGAUUAUGAAGAAUUAAAAUAAAUGUGAAGAAAAGUAUAAACCUAGUCAUUUACAUAAAUGGUCAAUUUUAGAUGGUGAUAUUGAUCCUGAAUGGAUUGAAUCCUUAAAUACAGUUAUGGAUGAUAAUAAAGUACUUACAUUAGUGUCAAAUGAUCGUAUUCCUUUGACUCCAUCAAUGAGAUUGUUAUUUGAAAUUUCAAAUCUUAAGAAUGCUACUCCUGCUACAGUAUCUAGAGGUGGUGUCUUGUUUAUUAAUGAAACAGAUAUUGGUUGGAUGCCUUAUAUGAAUAGUUGGUUAGAAAGAUCAUUUGAAAAAUGUGUAGUGAAAAGAGAAGGAUUGAUGGGAUAAGUACCAUAAUCACCUCCUAUUGAUGAUAUUGCUAAAUCUGUAUUCUAUAGAUGUUUCUAAUAAUACUUUGAAACCAAUCCAGAUAUCAGAGAUAAGAGUAAAGUCAGAUUAAUAGUUCCAUAAGUUGAUAUUGCUUAAGUAAUGACAAUCUGUAUGAUUUUGGAUGCAUUACUUUUAGAAACAGAGUACACAAAGCUUUCUCAAAUGAAAGAAGAUGAUCAAAAAAUGAUUUAUGAAGCUUAUUUCAUUUAUGCAGGAAUGUGGGCUAUUGGUGGUUGUUUUGGAGGAGGAUAAGAUGAUGAAAAAGAUAUGAAAGAUUUCAACUCUGUAUGGAAAGCUGCUGCUAAAGUAAGAAUGCCAGAAUAAGGUAUGUGUUUCGAUUAUUACUUUGAUUUUGCUGAAUAAAAAUGGACUCAUUGGUAAGGUAAAGUAGUACCUUAUAUUGCUACUGAUGAAGCUAUCUUCUCUAAAAUCUAUGUUGCUACUUUACAUACAACUAGAUUAAGAACUUUAUUAGAUUACCAUCUUAGAAGAAAGAAAUGUGUGUUAUUUGUAGGAUCUGCAGGUACUGGUAAAUCUGCUGUUAUCAAAGAUUAUUUGAGUUAAACUAAAACAGAUCAAGUAUCAUAUAAAACUAUCAACUUUUCAUCAUUUACUGAUUCAUUAGCAUUAUAGAAGAAUAUAGAAUCUAUGGUUGAAAAGAAAUCUGGUAGAACUUUUGGUAGUGCUACAGGAAAAGCAUUAAUUUGUUUCAUUGAUGAUAUGAAUAUGCCAUAUGUAGAUAAAUAUGGUACAUAAUAACCUAUCUAAUUAUUAAGAUAAGUAGUAGAUUAUGGAAGUGUUUUCAAUAGAGAAUAAUUAGAAGAAAGAAAAUUCCUUUAAGAUUUACUAUUCUUUAGUGCUUUAAAUCAAAAAUCAGGAUCUUUNGGUCAAUUUUAGAUGGUGAUAUUGAUCCUGAAUGGAUUGAAUCCUUAAAUACAGUUAUGGAUGAUAAUAAAGUACUUACAUUAGUGUCAAAUGAUCGUAUUCCUUUGACUCCAUCAAUGAGAUUGUUAUUUGAAAUUUCAAAUCUUAAGAAUGCUACUCCUGCUACAGUAUCUAGAGGUGGUGUCUUGUUUAUUAAUGAAACAGAUAUUGGUUGGAUGCCUUAUAUGAAUAGUUGGUUAGAAAGAUCAUUUGAAAAAUGUGUAGUGAAAAGAGAAGGAUUGAUGGGAUAAGUACCAUAAUCACCUCCUAUUGAUGAUAUUGCUAAAUCUGUAUUCUAUAGAUGUUUCUAAUAAUACUUUGAAACCAAUCCAGAUAUCAGAGAUAAGAGUAAAGUCAGAUUAAUAGUUCCAUAAGUUGAUAUUGCUUAAGUAAUGACAAUCUGUAUGAUUUUGGAUGCAUUACUUUUAGAAACAGAGUACACAAAGCUUUCUCAAAUGAAAGAAGAUGAUCAAAAAAUGAUUUAUGAAGCUUAUUUCAUUUAUGCAGGAAUGUGGGCUAUUGGUGGUUGUUUUGGAGGAGGAUAAGAUGAUGAAAAAGAUAUGAAAGAUUUCAACUCUGUAUGGAAAGCUGCUGCUAAAGUAAGAAUGCCAGAAUAAGGUAUGUGUUUCGAUUAUUACUUUGAUUUUGCUGAAUAAAAAUGGACUCAUUGGUAAGGUAAAGUAGUACCUUAUAUUGCUACUGAUGAAGCUAUCUUCUCUAAAAUCUAUGUUGCUACUUUACAUACAACUAGAUUAAGAACUUUAUUAGAUUACCAUCUUAGAAGAAAGAAAUGUGUCUUAUUUGUAGGAUCUGCAGGUACUGGUAAAUCUGCUGUUAUCAAAGAUUAUUUGAGUUAAACUAAAACAGAUCAAGUAUCAUAUAAAACUAUCAACUUUUCAUCAUUUACUGAUUCAUUAGCAUUAUAGAAGAAUAUAGAAUCUAUGGUUGAAAAGAAAUCUGGUAGAACUUUUGGUAGUGCUACAGGAAAAGCAUUAAUUUGUUUCAUUGAUGAUAUGAAUAUGCCAUAUGUAGAUAAAUAUGGUACAUAAUAACCUAUCUAAUUAUUAAGAUAAGUAGUAGAUUAUGGAAGUGUUUUCAAUAGAGAAUAAUUAGAAGAAAGAAAAUUCCUUUAAGAUUUACUCUUCUUUAGUGCUUUAAAUCAAAAAUCAGGAUCUUUCAUUAUAGAUUUAAGAUUAUAAAGAAACUUCUCUGUAUUCACUAUGUAUACACCUAAUGCUGAAAUCAUUAAAACUAUUUUUGGUGCUAUUUUAAAUAGUCAUUUAGCUACAUUUGAUGAUAAAAUACAUAAGUUAUCUGAUAAAUUAAUUGAAGCUACAAUUCAUUUAUUUAAUAAAGUUCUCAAAGAUACAAGAUAUUCACCUUCAGCUAGAAAAUUCCAUUAUUAAUUUAAUUUCAGAGAACUUGCUAAAGUUGUAGAAGGUAUAAUGAGAUCAACUCCUAAUUAAUAUAGAGGAUAACCAAAUAGAAUGUUAAGAUUAUGGGCACAUGAAUCUAAAAGAGUAUUUGAAGAUAGAUUCAUUAAUGAAGAAGACAUAAAAGUAUUUAGAGAUUAUGUUAAAGAUGCAAUGGUCAAAAAUAUUGGAGAACCAGAUGAUAAAGAUAAUCCCUUAGAAGAACCAAAUGUGUUUACAAGUUUUGUUGCAGCUCAUAAUGGUCAAGAAUCAUAAUACACAAAUUGUGAUCCUUCAACUUUAAAGAAAGUGUUGGAAGAUAAAUUAAGAGAAUAUAAUGAAGUGAAAGCUAUGAUGAAUUUAGUGUUAUUCUAGUAGGCUAUGGAACAUGUUUGUAGAAUAGCACGUAUUUUAGAAUUACCAGGAGGUAAUGCAUUAUUAGUUGGUGUUGGUGGUUCAGGUAAAUAAUCACUUACAAGAUUGGCAACAUUUAUUUUAGGAUAUGAAGCUGAUUAAAUGGUAGUUACAUCAAAUUUCACUAUAAAUGAUUUAAGAAAUUACUUAUAAGAAAUCUAUAAGAAAGUAGCUAAACCAAGUGCAGGAAGUAGAUGUUACAUUUUGACAGAUUCUCAAAUCAAAGAGGAAAUCUUUUUGAUUCCCAUUAAUGAUAUGUUAAAUUCUGGUUGGAUAUUUGAUCUUUUCCCUAAAGAAGAUUAUGACAAUAUGAUUUAAGGAUUAAGAAAUGAAGCUAAAGGAGCAGGUAUAUUAGAUAAUUUAGAAUCAAUCACUUAAUACUUUUUAGAUAAAAUGAGAAAGAAUCUUCAUGUUGUAUUGUGUUUCUCUCCAGUUGGUGAUACUAUGCGUAUUAGAUCUCGUAAAUUCCCAGGUAUUAUCAAUUCAACAAGUGUUGAUUGGUUCCAUCCAUGGCCAAAAGAUGCACUUAUUGAUGUGUCAUAUAGAUUCAUAAGUGAGGUUGAAUUGGAUACUGAUGAUCUUAGAAAAAUAAUUUCACUUCAUAUGGCUGAAGUCCAUCUUUCAAUUGAUUAUGCUAAUCAGAAAUAUUUGUAAUUAGAAAGAAGAUAUAAUUAUACUACACCAAAAUCAUUUUUAGAAUUGAUUGAAUAUUAUAAGAAAUUAUUGGGUGAAAAGAGAGAAUAGAUUCUCAAAUAAAUCAAGAGAUAUGAAUAAGGUUUAUAGAUUUUAGCUGAUACAUAAAGCAAAGUCUAAUUGUUAUAAGGUGAAUUGAAAAUCAAGAUGGUUGAAGUCGAUAAAAAGAAGAGUGAAACUGAUAUUCUAAUUGAAAAAGUAGGUAAAGAAUCUGCUGUUGCUGAAGUUGAAUAAAAGAUUGCCAAUGAAGAAGAAGAAAAAACUAAUACUGCAUCAAAAGCAGCAGAAGAAUUAGCAGAAACUGCAAGAAUUGAAUUAGAAAAAGCAAUACCUGCUUUAGAGAAAGCCAAAGCUGCUGUUGAUUGUAUUAAGAAACCAUAAAUUACAGAAAUGAAAUCUUUAGGUUCACCUCCUACUGGUGUGUUAACAACUGCUAGAGCUGUCUUAAUAUUAUUAGGAGAAAAGAUUACAUUAUAAGAUCCAGAAGAUAAAUUAUGGAAGAAAUCAUAAUAAGUCAUGAACAAUCCAUAAUAAUUCUUAGAUAGAAUUAUUGGUUUUAAUGGUAAAUAAAUUGAUCCAUAAAUUUUGGCAUCUGUUAAUAAAAUCAUAGAAGAUCCAGCUAUGAAAUUUAAUGAAGAAUCAAUGAAAGGAUAAAACUUUGCUGCUUCCAAAUUAUGUGCUUGGGCUGUCAAUAUUGUUACUUUCAACACAAUUUUCAAGUUGGUUGAUCCACUUGAAAAAUCUAGAGAUGCUGCUAUGGCUGAUUUAGAAUAAAAAAAGAAGGAAUUAGCUGUUGUUAAAGAGAAGGUUAGAGCAUUGAAUGAAAAAGUUAAUAAAUUAAAACGUGAUUUAGAAGAAGCUGAAAGAGUUAAAUAAUUAGUAGAAGCUGAUGCUAAUGCUUGUUAAGAGAAAUUAUCAGCUGCUGAAAAAUUAGUGAAUGGUUUAGCAGGUGAAAAUAAACGUUGGGGAGAAAAUGUAAAAGAAUUGUCUAGCAAUAUUAAAUCUGUUGUAGGAAAUGCAUUAUUGGCUGCAGCCUUUGUUUCAUAUAUUGGAGCAUUUUCAGCUAAAUUAAGAUUAGAAUUAUGGUCUAAGAUAUGGUUGAAUGACUUAUAAGCUAAAUAGAUUCCAUUGACUUAAGGUAUUGAUCCACUUAAAAUCUUAACAACUGAAGCUAAAAUUGCUAGUUGGAAGAAUGAGGGAUUGUAAUCAGAUUAAAUGUCAUUGGAAAAUGCUUCAAUCAUUAGUGCUUGUUCAAGAUGGCCACUUAUUAUUGAUCCAUAAUUAUAAGGUUCAGUUUGGAUUAGAGGAUCAUAAGGUGAUAAUUUGGUUACUAUCAAUGUCAGUUAAAAUAAGUGGUUGUAAUAAUUAAAUGCUUCUAUUCCUAUGGGUAAAGCAGUAUUGUUGGAAGGUAUUUAAUAAGAAAUAGAUGCUACACUUGAUCCUCUAUUGAGUAGAGCUAUUGUUAAGAAAGGAAAGAGUGCUUAUUUAGAAUUAGCAGGUGAAUAAAUUGAUUAUGAUUCAAAAUUCAAACUAUUUUUAAUGACUAAAUUGUACAAUCCACAUUUCAGACCAGAAAUAGCUGCAUAAUGUACUAUUAUUAACUUCAUUGUUACUGAAUCAGGUUUAGAAGAAUAAUUACUUGCUGCUGUUGUGAAUAUUGAAAGAAAUGAAUUAGAAAUGAAGAGAUCAGAAUUAGUCAAAUAAUAAAAUGAAUUUUCAGUAUAAUUAGAUAAAUUAGAGGAAAAUCUUUUGAUUUAAUUAUCAGAAGCAGAUCCUUCAACAAUUUUAGAAAAUAAGAGUUUAAUUGCAAAUCUAGAUAAUACUAAAUAAACAUCUAAUACUAUUACUGAAUAAAGUAAGAUAGCAAAAGUGACUGAAGUUGAAAUCAAUCAAUAAAGAGAAAUUUAUAGAAUUGUAGCUGCUGAAGGUGCUAUGCUUUAUUUCUUAGUAAUUCAAUUAAGUGUUAUGGAACAUAUGUAUCAAUAUUCUUUAGAAUCAUUUAAUAAAUUCUUCUUUAAAGCUAUUGAAAGAACAACUAUAAGAGAUGAAACAAGAACUGAAGAAUUAAGAAAGAAUAUUAGAUAUACAAUUUAUUAAUGGAUAAGUAGAGGAUUAUUUGAAAAACACAAAUUAAUCUUUUUGACUUUGAUUACAUUUAGAUUAAUGUAAAAGAAAGUAAUUGAAGUAGUUUAUGAACCAGCUGAAAUGGAUUUCCUUAUUAAAUGUGUACCUAGAGCAGGUGUGGAAAAUAAUUUAGAUUGGUUAUCAUAAAAUGCUUGGGAUUCAGUACAAGGAUUGAUUUAAUUAGAAGAAUUCAAAUUGUUUGCUUAAAAUAUGGAAAAAGAUGCUCCAAUAAGAUUUAAAGAUUGGUACAAUGAAUUAUAACCAGAAGAUGUUAAAUUACCAUUUGAUUGGAAGAGAUUAGAUUAAAUGCCAUUUAAAAAAUUAUUAGUCUUAAGAUGUUUAAGACCAGAUCGUAUUACAUCUGCAUUAACUAAUUUCAUUAGAUAAGCAUUACCUUAAGGUGAAUCCUUUGUUGAAAUGGAUUCAAAACUAAACUUUUCAGAUGUUCUUUCUGGAUCAGUUGAUGAUUCAGAUGCAACCAUUCCAAUUUUCUUCAUUUUAUCUCCAGGAGCAGAUCCUGUAAAGGAAGUAGAAAAAUUAGCAAGAUUAAAUAAGAUUGAACCAGGAAAAUCAUUCUGGAAUAUUUCAUUAGGAUAAGGUUAAGAUGAAAUUGCUAGACGUAGAAUUGAAGAAGGUAAUAAGGAAGGACAUUGGGUUAUGUUAUAAAAUAUUCAUUUAAUGCCUAAAUGGUUAUUAGAAUUAGAAAAGAUUUUGGAUUCAUUUACUGGAGAAUAAGGUGGUGGUAAUCCAAGAUUUAGAUUAUUUUUAUCAGCUGAACCUUCAAGUGGAAUUCCUAUUGGAUUAUUAGAUAGAUCAAUUAAAUUGACUAAUGAACCACCUGCUGGUUUAAGAGCUAAUAUGAAGAGAGCAUGGGCUUAUUUCAGUAAAGAUGAAAUUGAAGACAAAGAUCCUAAAAUUAAAUCAAUUCUCUUUGGUUUAUGUUUCUUCCAUUCUACAGUUAUUGAAAGAAGACGUUUUGGACCUAAAGGAUGGAAUAUGUCUUAUCCAUUCAAUAUGGGAGAUUUGAGAGAUUCCUAUUUAGUCAUGAAUAGAUAUAUGGAAUAAGGAGCCGGUGGAAAAGUGCCAUUUGAUGAUUUAAGAUAUAUCUUUGGUGAAAUCAUGUAUGGUGGUCACAUUGUAGAUGAUUGGGAUAGAAGAUUAUGCAUGGGUUAUUUGGAUAAUAUCAUGCAUGAAGGAAUAUUUGAUGAAUUGGAAUUAUUCCCAUUCAUUGAAGGCAAGAAUUUAUCAUUCAAAGUUCCUCCACCAAAUAAUUAUGAAAAAUACAUUGAACAUAUUGAAUAAGUACUCACUUAAGAAACUCCUCUUGCUUAUGGAUUACAUUCAAAUGCUGAAAUUGGUUUCAGAACAUAAUAAUGUUUAACUCUCUUCUCUACUCUAUUAGAAUUGUAACCAAAAGAUAGUGCUGGUGAUGAGAGUACAAGUGGUAUGAGAACAAAGAAUGAAAUUGUAUAAGAACUUAUUAAAUAAUUGGCUGAAGAUAUUAACUUAAAAUCUAUGAUAUUUAAUAUUGAUGAAAUUAAGAAUAAGAUUGAUGCUGAAAAUAAAGGUCCUUAUUAAAAUGUGUUUUUGUAAGAACUUGAAUAUAUGAAUUACUUAUUAAUUGAAAUUGUAAGAUCUAUGGAAGAAAUUGAUCAAGGUUUCAGAGGUAUUCUUACAAUCUCAGAAUAAAUGGAAUCAAUUAUUGAUGCCAUUGCUUUGAAUAGAGUACCAACUGUUUGGGUUGCAUUGGCCUAUCCUUCAAAGAGAGGUUUGGCAUCUUGGUUAACAAAUCUACUCAAGAGAAUUGAAUAACUCAAUCUAUUUAGAGAUGAUCCUUAUGCAAUCCCUAAAGUCACUAUGAUUGGUAGAUUCUUCAAUCCUUAAUCAUUCUUGACAGCUAUUAAAUAAGUUAUUGGAAGACAAAGAGCUCAAGAAUUAAAUAGAUUAUACAUAGCCACUGAAGUAACCAAAAAGAGUAUUGAAGAAAUUGAUCAGACAGCCAAAGAUGGUGCCUAUGUAUUUGGAUUCGUAUUAGAAGGAGGUAUAAAUUUCAUUUUAAUUUUCUCUAGCUCGUUGGGAUGUAGUUACAGGUUAACUUGAAGAAUCCAAACCUAAAGAAAUGUUUAGUGUCCUACCUGUUGUUUACUGUAAAGCACUCAUGGUACCAGCAGAGGGCAAAGAAGAUAAAGCUCUUUAUUAAUGUCCAUGCUAUAGAACUGAAGACAGAGGUAAUACCUACAUCUUUACUGGACAACUCAAAACAAGACUCAAUCCAAGAAAAUGGAUUUUAGCUGGUGUAGCACUUCUUCUAGAUGUUGAAGGAGUCUCUGAUGAAGCUGCUGCUGCUAAAAAGGAAAAGAAGGCUUGAA